AUGGAUUUCAUCAAGACCAGUUCCCUGCGUGCUCUGAUUGAACGGCCAUAUCGAGAAUCAGCGCCAACCGCACAGACCGGCUGGCCGAGGAACGAAUGUUCCGCGCUCGGCCAAAACCAUAUCCGUCCGUCUGAAGUCUCGGCCAAAGUCAAAUCGGCCGAUCACGCACACGACCCGGGAAACAUGUCCCGCGGUCGGCCAAGCCAACGUCACGCCACGCCGCGCACGACCAUGCCGCGCGAGCCGGGAACAAGCCUCGCGGCCGCGCAACCCUUCACGUACCACGGCCGAUGCAUCCGUCCGAGCCGGGAAAGCCCACGUCCGGCCGAGAAACCAUCGGCCAAAUCUUCUCCGCCGACCAGCCGGCCGACCGUGAAAUCAUCCGGCCCGACCGUUCCGACUCGGCCACAACCCGACUGUCCGGCCGAUCGUCCCGACCGACCGUCCGAACGCCGCGGUCGACCCGAAGCCGUUUUUGAAGCCCAAUCCGCACAAUUCAAGCCCAAAGCCGGCGCCGACCUAGCUAGAUUAGCUUUUCAGGUUUUCCUAGUUAGAUAUGGAGAAGGAGCCACAAGCCUCUUCCCCUAUAAAGGCGAUGCCAAUUCGCCACAUACCACCUCAAAGCACCUCUUGAGCGAACAAGAGAUGUUAAGCCCUCAAGCACCACCACCUUCAUGGGAUAGUCCUCCAAGACCAUCCACUUUGAAGACAAAGAAGAAACUUCUUCCUUACCUUGAAGCAGCCGACCUGGAGACGUCUAGCCAAGCCGCAUCACACCAAGAAGAACCUUCUAGCCACACCAGAAGAGGAGAUUGA